CUAUUGUUGGGUGCUUGUUCUCGAGAGGAGGAUCCAAAACCCUACCAACACUCUGGAACUCCAGAAUCAAGAUCCGGAGCUUUGAAGAAGAGAAGCCCAGCUCUCCAAGACAAUGAGGACCAUCGUCUCUCGCUUGAUCUACCACGCAUCGUCUUCCCCGCUCUCAAGGAUCCAAAAUGUAGGUCUGUUAAGAAAUGUGAGACUAUUGUCAACUGAUUCAAUUGAUCCUAAUAAGGUUGAUGAGCCCUUUAAAGUUGAAGAAGCAGAGACUGUGCAAGCACCACCACCUCCAUCAGAAAAGUUGCUUGUGUUGGGUGGAAAUGGUUUUGUUGGUUCACAUGUUUGCCGAGAGGCCCUGAGUCAGGGCUUAUCAGUUUCCAGUCUUAGCAGAUCUGGGAGGGCAUCUAUUAAGGAACCUUGGGCUGAUAAAGUUGUCUGGCACCAAGGAAGCCUGCUCAUACCUGAUUCCUUGAAAGAUGCUUUGAAUGGGGUAACCGCUGUGGUAUCAUGUGUUGGAGGUUUUGGUUCUAAUUCACAUAUGUACAAAAUCAAUGGCUCUGCUAAUAUCAAUGCAAUUAGAGCUGCUGCAGAGCAAGGUGUGAAAAGAUUUGUCUACAUCUCGGCUGCUGAUUUUGGCCUGGCAAAUUAUUUGUUACAAGGUUAUUAUGAGGGAAAGAAAGCCGCUGAAGCUGAACUGUUAUCAAAGUUCACUUAUGGAGGAAUAAUUCUUCGGCCAGGUUUUAUACAUGGCACCCGCCAAGUAGGGAGUAUGAAGAUACCACUCGGCGUUAUUGGCUCACCACUUGAGAUGAUCCUCCAGCACGCAAAGCCUCUCAACCGGUUGCCAUUCAUCGGUCCUCUCUUUACACCGCCCGUAAGUGCUUCUGCUGUUGCAAAGGUUGCUGUUAGAGCAGCUGCUGAUCCAGUUUUCCCACCUGGUAUUGUUGAUGUUUAUGGUAUCCUUAGGUACAGUGACCAAAAGUGAAACUUUCUUUCCUUUUUUGUGACAACUUAAAUAUCAAACAAUUCCUUUUUCUCAUGAUAGAGUUUUUCUCACUAGCUCAGUUUAAUAUUACCCAAGAAAUAAGUUGCACAGGUUUAUGUUUUUUCUUUUCUUUUCUUUUUUUUCUCUCGUUUUGUAAUAAGAAAGAGGGAUACUGACAAUUGAUUAUUAGAUGUGUAGCUCUUAAGUAUUUCUGGAUAACUUUAAAAAUGCAUUACAUUGUAUCAA